AUGUCUCAACAAGGCUCGGCCGACGCAGCUGCCGUCGCCGACCCCAGGUCAAUGUCAUCCGCUGCCGCCACCACAUCGGAUUCACCAUCUUCACUUGACGCUGCCGCAGCAGCCGCCGCCGCCGCCGCAGCCAACAAGACGCGGCGCUCCCAUCGCAAGUCACGCAACGGCUGCGCCGAGUGCAAGCGUCGCCACAUCCGCUGCGAUGAGCACCGCCCCGUGUGCUCCAACUGCGUGAGCGCCGACCGCGCAUGCGUCUUCCCCCGCGGUCCGGGUUCUGCUACCAGCACCCCAUCCGUGCUCCCCAACGGCGGCGGCAUUUCCAAGCCGCCACCUCCGACCAACGGCUCCAACCAUUCUCAUCGCCAUCAUCAUUCUCACCGCCAUCAUGCCGCCGCCGCCGCCACACCACCCAGUCACCUUCCCAGUCCCAGCCCGGGCAACGGCAACGGGAGCUCACCAUCCCCCCGUCACGACUUUGCCUUUGACGAGAUCUGCGGCCCCCUUCCCCGGCCCAACCCGUCAUCCGCCUCCUCCACCUUUCGCCGGAGUAACUACACCUACUAUCCCACCGCCAACGGCAUGGACAGCACGGCACCGCCCACGCCACAAACUCUCCCCCCCUCGCACGCCUCGCCGGCGGGCCUGGAUGCCGAUGCGUCGGCCUCGGCGUCCGUCUUUACGCCGUUUCACCUGCAGCUCUUCCACCACAUCCAGACAGUGAUGCUGCCGGACGCGGCCAUCAACACGAGCAACCACCUGCAGCAGUUUGUCGACAUUGCGAUGCGUCACGCUCUCGACGCUCCGUAUCUCAUCAACGAGCUGCUCGCGAUUGCCGCCGUGCACAUGGCCACGCAAAAAGAAAACCAGCUGCUGCUGCAACAGCAGACUCAGAACAAAGAAAACAACUGCGGUAGUAGCAGCGGCGGCGCGGCCAACACGCCCGUCGCGACAACCCUCCACGCAGCGCCGGCCGUGCUGCCGCCUCUCCUCCCGCCGCACGGCUCUCCAUCCUCCGUAUCCUCGCCCGCGUCCUCCAACAACCUACCCUCCAUCACCACCUCGCCCUUCACCACCUCCUCCAACCCCAUCGUCGCCAACCUGCGGCACCAGGCCACCGAGCUCCAGACUCGCGCCGUCGCCAACUUUACCCGCCUGACCGCCCAUCUGCCCCCCGACGACACCGCCUUGUGCAUCCCGCGCUUCCUCUUCUCCUCGACGCUCUCCAUGCACGCCCUCGCCGACUCCCUCGCCGAGCUGCGCGCCGCCAACGCCGACUUCCACGGCUUCAUCGACCGCUUCGUCGACUGCUUCAACCUCUACCGCGGCAUCCGCGCCGUCAUCUACCCGACCUGGCAGUUCCUCUCCGACUCGGAGCUCCGUCCCCUCCUCCAGGUCACCCGCGAGGCCAACCUCGGCAUCGUCGAGCGCGGCCACGAGUGCGCCCCCCUCCACGACCUGCUCUGCCGCUCCGACCUGGCGCCCACCAGCCUCGACGCCUGCCGCGUCGCCGUCGAGAAGCUCCAGUGGGCCUUUGACCUGCACAACAACCUGCCCGCCAACAGCGGCCAGCACGCCGUCUCGGCCUUUUCCGUCAUCGUCUCAGCCGAGUACGUCGACGUCCUGCGCAAGCACAGGCCCGAGGCCCUCAUAAUUCUCUCCUACUUUGCCGUCCUGCUCCAUCGCUGCCGCCACUUUUGGAUCUUUCAAAACUCGGGCGCCUGCAUGAUAAGGGCAAUUGCCAACCACAUUGGCUCCUACUGGCGCGAUGCCAUGGCCUGGCCGCUGCAAGUCAUUGAAACAGAGGACUGCUAA